AGCAGCACAGAGCAUUCAGAUACACCGCAGCGGACCACCGACUUCUCACCACAACACACACCUCCCGCUUACACCCCAAAGGCGCAACCAGGAGAAGAGUCGUGAAGGAAAAGGAAAGACACUCGUCUCCAUGGACACCCAACUUCCUACAAGCACUUCGUAGUCUGUGUAGCACAGCAGCGGGUCCCUGCCAUCCUUUUAAUAAUUCAUCCGGUCGGUCUCCGAGCCUUGAGCCCGCAGCGCUCACCAACUUUUCCUCCUUCAACUUUAACGUCACGGUGGCCGGCUUAUUCUGCAAAUCUCUUUUAUGCACUUCCGACGGUGGACACCAAUACUGCACAAAACACCGGUUGUUGCAGUGUGUUGAGUGUGUGUGUGUGGAGAGAGUUGGUAUGUGUGUGUGUGUUUCUGGAUGAAGGGCAUAUAGUGCUGGGAAAGUGGACACUUCUUCGACUCAUUCUUGGAUUUGGGACCAACUGAAUGUGCCAAGUAGAGGCUUAAGCAGCAUCACAUGGAGAUCGUAUGGGAUGUAUAGGUCUCAUUUGUGAGAUUCACACUUUCUGUGCUGCUGUGUUAAGGCUGUUGUAGUAGGGGCAGCCUGUGCACCCUCUCAUUUGAUUCUCUUUGACCAUGUCUGGCUGUACCAGCCGCUGCAGACAGGGGGUGCUAAAGCUCAUGCAGUCCCUUCAGAGGCUCGUCUCAGGAACCCUCAGUAAAGAUACUGUGGAUGAUGAAUUGGAGAUGACGAUGGUCUGUCAUCGGCCGGAAGGUCUGGAACAACUCGAGGCACAGACUAACUUCACCAAGCAAGAGCUGCAAGUCCUUUACAGAGGUUUCAAAAACGAGUGUCCAAGUGGAGUGGUGAAUGAAGACACCUUUAAACACAUUUACGCACAGUUUUUUCCUCAUGGAGAUGCCAGUACAUAUGCGCAUUAUCUCUUCAAUGCAUUUGACACCAAGAGUGAUGGAUCUAUCAAGUUUGAGGACUUUGUGAUGGGACUGUCAACACUACUGCGUGGGACAGUCAGAGAGAAACUUGAAUGGACAUUUCAUCUUUAUGACAUUAACAGAGAUGGAUUUAUCAGCAAAGAGGAAAUGACAGAGAUAGUGAGGGCCAUCUAUGAUAUGAUGGGCAAGUACACUUACCCUGCUGUAAAAGGGGACGUACCGAAGCAGCAUGUGGAUACUUUCUUUGAGAAAAUGGACAGAAAUAAAGAUGGUGUUGUAACGCUGGAGGAAUUUGUCAUUGCCUGCCAGGAGGAUGAAAAUAUGAUGAAAUCCAUGCAGCUCUUUGAAAAUGUGAUGUAGGGAAGACUUUGCAACAAAAAAAUAAAAAAGAGUGGACUACAUAUACAGUAUAUAGUUGAACUGGGGGACACUGUGAGAUGGACAGAUGCAUGAGUCUGCAGUCUUUCUAUUUUUUGGCGUUGUAAUAUAUUUAAUAUUAUUUCCUGUAACCUGUGGUAUUUUCGGAUGUUACCAGCCAAAAUUCCACCUUGAUCCAGCUAGCCCUGUACAGACCUCCCAACAGAAGAAUGCAUACUGUAUGCUUGACAGCUAUUGUGUGAUGUCUGACUAUUGGGUGGCCAUCAUUACCCUUCACCCUCCUUCUGUGCAAAAAAAAAAAACAUCACACUGAACAUCUCAGGCUUUUUCGUUUGCUUGACCCAAGAGCUCAGGACUCUAUGUUUGGUCUACUGAAACUGCAUCCUGGAGGCAUACGGCUUCUUUUGCUUGCUUUCUUACAAAAGAGCUUGCAUGAUUAAAAACAAUGGAUAUGUUUCCUAUGAGUUGCUUGAAAAUAAUGUUGGCCUUCAAAUAUCUAAGUUGAAUUUUUUAAUGCGUGAAUAUAUAUAUUUAAUGAUUUAUUUAUGGCUUUUGCGGGAUACUUAAUGGGAUUUUGUGUCUUGUGUUGUCAAUGUUCUUUGUGGGUUAUUGCUGUCUAUAGUUCACCUGCUUAUGUCUAUCUGUCCCAGUACCUAUUUAGCCAUUUUUAUCCUUCAGAUCCUACUAUAUAAGGUGACACUAAGCCUAAAGGAAUGUGUGUACAGGUUUUACUAUAUUUGUGACGUUUUGCAAUUUAUGUCACAAAUAUAGGGGAAACUAAUGAUGAAAAUCAACAUUUAAAGUGGUCCUUAUCAUGUUCAUAUAUCAGGCAAUAGAGUUAAAAGCAGGCCAGAAAACAAUUCAAAUGUCUAUGUUUAUGUGUCUGUGUGUGCAAGUAUGCGGAUACAAGGAGUAUUUAAGAGGAAGUAUCACUCUCGACUGUCCCCUGGUACCCUUCCAUACUUUCUUUCAAAAACAGAUGAUUUAUGUUAAUGGCAAUCAUUAUAAACAUAAGCUAUGUAUAUAUUUGUAAGUAUGGUGCCACAUGAAGAAAUGUCCAAUGAGGCGAAUAAAAGGAACAUAAAAGAUAUGAAAUGACUGUAAAUCCUGAUUAAAAACAGUUGUGAAAUAACCAUG